AUGGAGUUGGGUGUUCCCCUGAACCUGGUCCCAGUCUCGGACGGCUUCCAGCCUACAGUCCACGCCGAUGCAGCGACGUGUUCUCUCAUCCGUGAGCUUCGGGACAAAGAAGACCAGCUCAUCCGAGAGAGCAAGUUUGGGGAGGCUCAGAAAGUUGCCCAGCACGUGCAGCAGCUUGAU